AUGAAUAAACUGUUUCUGUAUACGAUUGAUUUCCUGGUGCUCUGUGGCUUAAGCUUUGCCUCUGCCCUUCAUAAACAAAAUGAGGCCAGCUUCGACUAUAUCGUCGUCGGCUCUGGUCCUGCAGGAAUCGUGGUAGCCGAUCGACUAUCGGAAGCUGGGAAGAAAGUGCUUUUAAUUGAGAGAGGUGGCCCCAGUAUUGCCGCAACCGGAGGGACCGACACGCCCCCGUGGCCAUACCCUACUAAUUUGACUCGUUUUGAUAUACCUGGGGCUUUCGAGUCAUUUUACGAUAUCACGGCUGGAAUUCCCUAUUUUUGGUGCAGAGGGGGAUGCAUUAUUGGUGGAGGAGCAGCGAUUAAUUCCAUGCUUUACUGGUAUCCUCAGGAUGAGGAUUUCGCGACUAGCAAUAACUGGCCUGUUGGAUUUCAGAAUAUUGCACCAUACGUCUCCAAGUUACACAAUCGUCUUCCGUCAACGGAUGUUCCUUCUCCAGAUGGGAAAAGGUAUUUGACGCAGGUCUAUGACGUUUUCAAGGGCGUUUUAGACGCACAGGGGUACCAAUCGAUCACGAUUAACAAUCAAAGGAACAAGAAGGACAAAAUUUAUGGAUAUAGCGCCUUUUCGAGUCAACGAGGCACUCGCACAGGCCCUAUGGGUACAUAUCUCCAGACCGCCCUUGCGCGACCUAACUUCAAACUAUUGGCAUAUACAAAGGCUUUAGCAGUUGCUCGGAACGGUAGCACUAUAACCGGGGUUCAUACUAACAACACAGAGGUCGGAAAUAAUGGGCUUAUCUACGUCAAUCCAAAAGGUGGUCGUGUAAUUUUGUCUGCCGGGUCAUUUGGCUCUGCUCGUCUUUUAUUUCAGUCCGGUAUCGGUCCCGCCGAUAGCCUGGCAAAUGUAGAGGCAACACCUGAGUCGGCUCCGUACCUACCGCCUAGAAGCACAUACCUCGACCUUCCAGUUGGCUAUAACCUCCAGGAUAACCCAUCUGUCUCACUCGUAUUCUCUCACCCAUCAGUCAAUGCGUACCAGAAUUUCCGCCCUGUCUGGUUUAAUCCGAAUCUGACCGACGCCAAGCAAUACGUUGAAAGCCAAAGCGGUGUACUUGCACAAACGAGUCCUCGAAUCAAUUGGUGGAAAAAAUACGUGGGUUCGGACUCGAAAGUAAGGUGGAUGCAGGGCACGGCUAGUCCCGGUAAUCCUGCGAGUUGUUGUAAUCCUGGCCCAGGGGUUAACAACGAAACAUUAAUCUGGGUAACGUUGUAUCUUGGUCGAGGUAUAGCUUCUUCUGGAAGAGCCAGUAUAAAUAACCAAACGCGAGUGACUCUGACUACAACCCCAUGGCUUACGGAUCCGAUCGAUCGGGAAGUACUGAUCACAGCGACUAAAGACGUCAUUUCCACUUACCAAAAAGUGCCGGGUUUGGAGUUGCGCUACCCGAACUUGAACAGUACUACCAUCGAGGAUCUUGUCUCGACGACCGUGGGUGGUUCGAACCAUUGGAUUGGCAGUACACGUACGGGUACUAAUUCAUCCACGUCCGUGGUCGAUGCCAACUUGAAAGUUGGGGCACUGGUGGAUAAUUUGUUUGUCGUCGAUGCGGGAGUAUUCCCAGGGAUGCCCGUGGGAAACCCAACUGCCUCUAUCAUGGUGAUGGCUGAGAUGGCUGCUGCUAAGCUCUUGAAAGUGAUCGUAAACUGA